GAAAUGGUGCAUCAAAUGCAGAAGUUCACCUGGGUGGAUUAUGUGGUGUUUGUGUUCAUGUUAGCGAUCAGUGCUGUGGUGGGGGUCUAUUGGGGAUUUAUGAAGAAGCAGACCACACAAAACGAUUAUCUGCUUGGAGGAAGGAAUAUGAAAGUUGUACCCGUUGCUAUGUCGCUUGUAGCAAGUUUCGUGUCUGGAAUCACAUUGUUGGGAUCCCCCACAGAAGUGUAUAUGUAUGGGACCCAAUAUGCCUUUAUAAUAAUAGGAAUAUUUCUAAUGUCAAUUUUCAUGACUCAAGUCUACUUGCCCGUAUUCCACGAGCUCAAAAUUACUUCUAAUUACGAGUACUUAUCGCUGAGAUUCGACAAUAGAGUCCGAUUGUUUGGUUCAGUUUUAUUCGCCUUUACGUUGAUAGGAUGGUUGCCAAUUGUGAUUUACGUGCCUGCAUUGGCUUUUAAUCAAGUAACUGGUGUCGAUAUACACGUAAUUACGCCUAUUGUUUGCGUGGUCUGCAUUUUCUACACUUGCGCUGGAGGACUCCAAGCUGUGGUUUGGACUGACGUUAUCCAAAUAACUGCGAUGUUUGGUGCUAUGGCUUUAGUAGCAAUUAAAGGCACUAUGGAUGUCGGUGGCAUUGGAGUUGUAUGGCAAAGAAAUAUGGACAGUGGACGAAUUGAAUUACCGAACUGGGAUCCGAAUCCCUUAACGCGGCACACCAUCUGGUGCUUGGUGGUCGGAGGAGUGGUGUACUGGUUGCAAGCGAAUGCAGUCAACCAGACCAUGGUGCAGCGGUAUCUGGCUUUACCAACUCUGAAAGGAGCGAAAUGGGCAGUGUUCAUAUUUUGCAUAGGAAUAUCAAUUCUCUACUGUUUCUGUCUUUACUGUGGACUGCUGAUUUAUGCCCGGUUCCAUGACUGCGAUCCCCUGCAAACAAAGCUAGCGAAAGCGAAGGACCAACUUUUGCCGUUACUGGUCAUGGAUGUUCUAGGAGACAUUCCGGGACUACCUGGGGUUUUUGUCGCUGGAAUAUUUAGUGCAGCUCUUAGCUCUCUGUCAACGAGUUUAAACUCAAUGUCUGCUGUAGUCCUAGAGGAUUUCUACAAGCCGUUCAACAGCAAACAGCUGACUGACCGCCAGUCUAGCUGGCUGAUGAGAGGAGUCGUCGUUCUGCUUGGUGUACUAUGUGUAGCGCUAGUAUUCAUUGUUGAGAAAAUGGGGACGAUUCUUCAGUUAACGAUGACCCUGGAGGCGAUGACAAUGGGGCCUCAGUUUGGCGUGUUUACCAUGGGCAUCCUCAUGCCGUGGGUGGAUGCUACGGGUGCGUUGGUGGGCGGCGUCACGGGCUUAGCUGCUAUGUCGUGUUGGUGUCUCACCGCUCAGAUGGCCAUCGCGAGGGGAGAGAUCUGGCAUGCCCACAAACCACUCAGCACGGCCGGUUGCACAUAUAACUAUACAGUAGUCGAAACCACUACCGCUGAUGCUGAUGUUAGUGAAGUCAACCCUAUGCUUCGCGUUUCUUACAUGUGGUAUACCCUGGCCGGGGCCCUGGUGACGAUAUGCGUCGGUGCCGUGGCCUCCCGCGUGAACCGCGCCCGGGGCAAGGCGCACGUGCCCCCGGACCCUCGGCUACUGGCCCCGCAGCUCCGAAGGCUGUAUAGGGAGCCUCCGCAUCCUUCUGAUGACACCUAUAUACAAGCUUAUGGAAAUAAUAAGGAAGGCUGCCAGAAGAAUUCUAGUGCAAUUAACAUGAAACCGAUCAAUGAAAGUGAAGAAGUCAGCUGAUGAGAAUGUUUCGUUGUCAGACGUACCUGUUCAUACCAAAGAUAGUUAUAUAAUUUAUUCAAUGAAG